AUGACGACGCCCAACAACCUUCCCAACGGCGGCCACCACCAGCGCCCACACCCUCCGCCCGACCCUCAGAGGCAGCACCACUACCUCGGCAUGCCCAUCGCCACCCCUUCCUCCUCCUCUUCCUCCGCUGCCUCCUUCAAGGGUUGCUGUUGCUGCCUCUUCCUACUCCUCACCUUCCUCGCCCUCCUCGCCGUCGCCGUCGCUCUCGUCAUCGUCCUCAUCCUCAAGCCCAAGAAGCCCCAGUUCGACCUCCAGCAAGUGGCCAUGCAGUACCUCCUCGUCGCUCCCACCGCCUCCCCUUUGGACCCCGGUUUCUCCGCCGGAGGGAACCCCCCUGCGGCCUACCUCUCCCUCAACAUCUCGCUGCUCUUCAUCGCGGACAACCCCAACAAGGUGGGAAUCCGGUACGAGGCGGCGGCGCUCGAUGUGAUGUACCGCGGCGUGCCGCUCGACGUGGCGACGGUGCCGGGCUUCGAGCAGCCUGCGCAUGGCAGCCGCCUCGUCCAGACCCACAUCGCUGUCGACCGCUUCAACGUGCUCCAGGCAGACGCGCUCAACCUCGUCUGCGACGCCGCCAUCAACGACCGCGUCGACCUUCGCCUCACCGGUGACGUCGCCGCCAAGAUCCUUCUCCUCGGCAUAUCCACCCCUAGGGUUCAGGAAUGCAUCAGAUUAAGGUAUUGUGGAUUUCCCCUGCUGCCGAUCACUGCUUCUUCACUUCUUGAAGAUGUGGAGGUCACGGGAGAGGAGGUAAGGGGGCUCUUGGUGGCUGUCGGCAGGGGUUCUUGUGGAGCUGUGAGUUUUGUUGGCUGCUAUAUCUUAAGCAACUUCCACCUUGCUCUGGUCAUGGAUUCUAGCAGUAGGCACUUCUUCACCUUGAUCCAAAUUUGGAAAUGCAUCAGAUUAAGGUAUUGUGGAUUUCCCCUGCUGCCGAUCACUGCUUCUUCACUUCUUGAAGAUGUGGAGGUCACGGGAGAGGAGGGGGCUCUUGGUGGCUGUCGGCAGGGGUUCUUGUGGAGCUGUGAGUUUUAUUGGCUGCUAUAUCUUAAGCAACUUCCACCUUGCUCUGGUCAUGGAUUCUAG